AUGGGGAAUCCCUCGAUGGGCAAGAGCAAGCGGCAGCGCACGUCAGGGCCAGAGGCGCAGUUACAGACCACCACCAUGAUGGAUUCUGCGUCGGCCGUCGUCGAGUUCAAAGUAAACUACGAGCAAACCAAGCACCUCCCCGCUGGCCAGGCCAUCAAAUCCGACCCCAUCUCUGUGGGCGGGCAAGUGUGGAGAAUAAACUUCUACCCGCGCGGGGCCUAUGAGAUAGCAGCCAUAAGUAAUGAUCAUUUCUCUAUUUUCCUCGAGCGUCAGAUCAUGUCCGACAGACCCAUCAAGUCCAUCUUCGAGGUAUUACUGAUAGACAAGAAUGGGGAACCAGUGAUGAUCUCUUCAAAGCUGCCCCCGCCAUUGCAAAGGUACUACGGCAACUACCAGUGGCUCGCCAGCCAAAACUACAUGGUUCACAAUUACGUAAAAGAUGGGCACAUCAAGUUUGUUUUCACCAUCACGGUGUUACCUGACAAUCCUAUCCCCGUGCCACCUUCUGACAUUGGGAAACAUAUGGCCACUCUACUGGAUGGCACCGAUGAGGGAAAGGAUGUGUCGUUCACCGUCGACGGCGAGACUUUCCAUGCACAUCGAGCUGUUCUUGCUGCCCGCUCGCCGGUCUUCCGGGCGGAGCUGCUUGGUUCCAUGGCCGAGGCAACAAUGUCGUGCAUCACCCUGCACGACAUUGCCCCUGCAACAUUCAAAGCUAUGCUUCAGUUCAUGUACACUGAUGUCCUGCCUGGAGACGAAGAGCUCGGGGACUGUCCAACCGAGAUGUUUGAGAAUCUGCUUGUUGCGGCUGACCGCUAUGCAUUGGACAGGCUGAAGCUUAUGUGUGCCCAGAAGCUGUGGGAAAAUGUUUCAGUGGAAACAGUUUGUGAUGCUUUAGCUUGUGCCGAGAUCUACAAUUGCCCGGAACUGAAGGGCAAGUGCAUUGAGUUUGUUGUGGCAGAUAAAAACUUCAAGAAGAUUGUGCUUACAGAUAGUUUCAUGCAGCUGGGGCAGAAGUUCCCAUCUAUUAUCACUGAGGUGCGAAGGAGGCUUGCUGGGAUAUGA